AUGUUUCCCCCGCCAGCAGGGGUCUCCUCCCUCCCAGAGCGUCCCGUGGCACAGGUGAGCGACAAGCCAUCAUCCUGGGGCGGACGCACCGCCCUAGCCUGCCAGGUCCAUGGCUUCUGCCCCAAGGACGUGGCUGCCGUCUGGCUGAAAAAUGGGGAGGUGCAGCCCCAGGAGACGAGCCAUGCAGGGGUCCUUCCCAGCGGAGAUGGGACCUACCAGACCUGGGCCACCAUCGAGAUUGACCCGAGCAGCAACCACAACUACGCCUGCAGCGUGGGGCACGAGAGCCUGGGGGCAGCUCUGAGAGUGGCCUGGGACAAGGGCCGGACGGAGUCCAACCCAAUGCUGACUGGGCAUCAUUACUGGUGUUGUGUGGGUCAUUGCAGGUGUUUACUGCCACAUUUAACGGAUCCAGGUGGAGCCUGCGCUGCCUCCGGAGGGGCCCAGGGAGGAGGAGCGGGAACAGCAAAAAACAUGGAGCGCCAGCCCAUUCACACCUUUCAAACACCUUCAUUUCAGCCUUGAUUUAGCCCAUAAACCUGCACUUAUUUCACCCUUGCCCAGGCCUUAUCUUGCCAGAGCAGAGAUCCUUGCUGUGGGGUUGCAAAUAGCUGGCAUAUGAAAUGAGAGCAGCUUGGCUGCAGCCGGCCAGGGCAAUGGGGUGGGAUUUGGGUGCUGCUUGUUGCAGGUUUGGACCCGAGUUUCCUUUUUAUUACAAGAACAGGCAGAGGUGAGAUGUCCUUGGUGAUGAUUCUCCCCAGGCAGAUGGGCAGGGCGUACACUGCACGGGGCAGUGCCUGGCCCUAGGGCAGCGGUGCUCAACCUUUUGGCCAGCUGAGCAAUUGGGGCUGUCUGCAGCCGUACUGGGCUGUGGUACCUGGCCCCAGCCCUGUCUGCCCCCACGUGCUGGGGUUGGGUCCUGGGGGGCCAGGCACCCAUUCUGCCCUCUGCAUCAGGGUUCAAAUGCUGCUCCCCUGCCCUGCUGCAAAUAUCCAUGCUGUGAGGAGUGCCAUAGGCUGGACACCCUGUCCCCAUGGUGCAGAGGUGCUCCCCCUGCCCUGGAGUAUCCCUGUGCUGAGUUGAUGGCAUGUUCAGCCUCAGCCUAUUUUUCCAGGGCGGUUCAGCGUGUGGGGUUGCUUUGUGCUGCUCCAGCUUGCUCCGUGCACAGCACCUGGUCCCUUCAGCCUGGGAUGACCCCAGGAUGGCCAUGGGCACAGGACACACAAAAGCCUGAUAUAAAGCAGCUUGUGGUCUAGCCGGGCACCAGGUGCCUGGACAGUCCCAGGUCAGGGCACUGGCAGAGGAGGCCAAAUGCUCUGACCUUUGACCCUGGACAUUGCUUUGGACAAUGCGAUCCUUUUUCCCUUUUCUUCCCUUUUUUUCCUUGGGGUUGGGGGUGCCAGGUGAGGAGAGUGUAACAGCUUCUUCUGUAUGUACAUAAUGAAGUGUACAUCUGUGUGUGUGGCUGUAUGUUCGCUUAUAAAUUGACAAUGGCUAAUCCUGUCUGCUGGAAACCUUCCAAAGUCACUGAAUACCAUCCAAAGAAAAUGAUAGGUGGGUUAAUUUUUACUUGACCCUUUUUGGGGCUUCCAGUGACUGGGAUUACUUCACUUCUCAGACAGCAACCUGGUACCACUGCAUUUUGGAUAGUUAUUUCAAUUAUAUUGUCAUUAUUAUAUGGAUCUAUUUUUUUCCACUCCACAUUAAAUGUUAAAUAUGUUGUACUAGAUUCUUUAAAAAUAAACAAUAUUUUUUACCUUAA